GAGCUGUGCGACGAGCCGCAGCUCUUCGUGGACGGCGCGUGUCGUUACGACGUGGUGCAGGGGGCGCUGGGCAACUGCUGGUCCAUGGCCGUAGUACCAGACGGUCAGAUUCUGCACGGGCCCGGCUACUCUGGCUGCAUCGUCAUUCGACUGUGGCACAUGAACCACUGGCGCGACGUGGAAAUCGACGACCGCCUCCCGGUCCAACACGACGAGCCGCUCUACGGCCGCUCCAGCUGCAAGAACGAGUUCUGGAUGUCUCUGGUCGAGAAAGCGUUUGCAAAAUUCCACGGCGGCUACGAAAACCUCAAUAGUGGGCAACUCACGGAAGGAUUUAUCAAUCUCACUGGUUAUUCUGUGAGGAGUAUCGAAUUCUCCGAGGAAGAGUUCAAGGAUGGCUCUAAGCGCAAGAACGAGUUCUUCAAACAUCUGAGGAAAGAAAUCGACAAUCGAUCCCUCAUUGCCUGCGCGCGAGCGGGGGAGUUCCAGCGCGGCCUGCCGGGCUUCCACGGGUACACGGUGACGGGCGCGCACCACGUGCGCCGCGUGCGCCAGCGCCUCGUGCGCGUGCGCAACCCGUGGGGCGACGACGAGUGGACGGGCAAGUGGCGCGACGACCACGACAUUUGGAAAGAGCUGGGUGCAGAUGUUUUGGAAGAACUCGAUUACAAAGUGCACGUAGAUGGUGAAUUCUGGAUGAAGUUUUCAGAUUUUCUAAAAAUGUUUCAAGAAGUGUGCAUUGGCAGCAGGCAACCAUCAAUUCACGAAGACAAGUAUCUGCCUGCUACAGAGGAGAAAGUGAUUAGAGAAUUUUGGACGGAGGACACAGCGGGAGGACCUUUCGGCACAGACUCGUUUUACUGCAAUCCGCAGAUCUUGCUUGAUGCCGUUGCACUACGAACAGAGGCGGCCUCCCCCGAGGUGGACAGCGCUGAGGACGACGCCGACGUCGAGGCCGCGGAGGCGGGGGCGGAGCGGCCGGGCCGGUGCACGGAGGACGCUCGCUGUGCCAAGGCGGGCGUUCCGGUGCUGGUGGAGCUCCUGCAGGACCACAACCGCCGCCUGAGCAAGGACCUGCUCACCAUCGACUUCCGCGUCUUCAAGAUUUACAUCCAAAAUUCAACUAUUCGGAAGAGAAGGAUUCCUAAAAGAAAGACCGCAUCUAUCGUACUUGGUUGUGAACGAAACAAACAAUGCGAACGUUGUGUUAAUAUACAAAAUAUUGGACUUAGAAUAGUAUUGCGCGGGACUCUUCUCCAUCAUGUAGUAUCUCUUGAAGAAGAAGAAGAAGAAGAAGAAGAAGAAGAAAAAGAAGAAGAAGCUUCCAGCAAAGCUAAUGAAAAAAAGAAGAUAAGGAUGGUGGUGGGGGAGGCAGCGGUGGCGGCAGUGGACGCGGGCGAGCGCCUGUCGCGCCUGCAGCUGCAGGAGGAGUGCGAGCAGGAGGCGCAAACGGGCAGCGAGGAGGCCUGCAGCGCAGCCCACGCUUUCUGCCAUCUGCAGCACUGCGCGCGCUACGUGGUGGUGCCACACACGGGAGAGCCCGGCGAGCGCCGCCGCUUCCUCCUGCGCGUCUUCGGCCGCAACGCCCACCUGCAUCUGCGCCUGCUGCAGGACCAGGCCCAGGUACAGGACCAGGCCCAGGGACAGGACCAAGACCAGGGGAAGAUCCAAGCUCAGGAACAGACCCAACUUUAGGACAGGGUCCAAGUUCAGAUCCAAGCAAAAGUCUAGGAUCUGAUGCAAAAGCUCAAAACCAAACCCAACCCCAGGAGCAGACAUAACUGUUGGAAGGGCCCUGCGCUAAGACCGGACCCAACUACACAAUAAAACCAAGUCUAGGACCAGAGUCAAACUCUGCAACAACCCAGAACCAAGCCCAACCUUAGGAUCAGAUCUAAGGAAGUGAUUCAGCCUGGAACCAACUGACCGAAGCUUAGGAUUGGAAGUAAAAGCAGGACCAGACAAAGCCAAGACCAGAUUAAAGGCCACAAUCAGAGUUAAGUACAACCAUACUGGAGCCGAGGACGAGGCUGAAGUGAAGAAAUAGACCCACAUUCAGAACCACUUUCAACUUCAGAACCAAAUACAAUUGUUAUAAAAAUAAAUUAAAGGUUUUAUUGCAGUGUAUACUAUUUUCCAUGUGAGUAAAAGGUGCAGUUGGGGCACCUUAAAAGCGAUUAUUUAGGAGAACAAGUUUAUAGCAUAUUUUACGGAGUGAAUGUUAUACAAAAUACAACUGCUUUUAAUUUACUUAUGAACAAAAAAUGGUGGAAAGUUUGACGUUUGUGAAUGCUACGAAAUUGUAUGUUUGCAGUUGAAAUUUAUAAAGCCGAAACUUCGAAUUUAAUUGUUUACAAAAAUAUGCGUUUCAAUUUGAAUGCAGUUUUAGAUGAUUUAUGUUAAGUAAUAAUAACUUACAAUUCAAAUAAUUAAAAAGUAAGAAAACAAAAAUAUAAUAAAAUG